AUGGACCAACACGAGAUCGUCUCGCCUGUACCAUUCAUGUUGCUUCUCGAGACACUCAAGCAUCUUCCCCGCACUGGAUGGGUUCAGCAUGGUGUUGAUUGCCCAGAAAGUGUCAGCGGCCAUAUAUUCUUGAUGACGGUCAUGGCUUCGCUGCUUAAGUCUGAUGGCGACCCCAGCAGGAGAGCUGCUAUGGCCCUUGUCCAUGACAUGGCCGAGUCACUUGUUGGAGAUAUAACGCCAUCUCAAGGAGUAUCAAAAGCCAACGAGAUGAAAUCAUGUGGGAAGUGGAGAGACGAUGAGAUGUUCGAGGACCAGGUUAGCAAAGUCCGAAGUGGAGCGUGCCAGCCAUGGAAGGACGCGCUGGUCCAGGCACGAAAAACUUUCUGGGAGAAAAGGGACUUGUACAGCGAGGUUAUCUUCUUGAUCGGCCCUCCUGGUUCAGGCAAGAUCACCCAAUAUUCCCGACUCGCACUCGAGUUCGGUAUCUGCCAUAUAUCAGCAGGCGAUCUCUUGAGGCAGGAAAUGGCUCGUGAAGGAUCCGAAUAUGCAGAGUUAAUAUCCGAUCAUAUGAAGUCUAAGCCACCACAGCCCGUACCUCCGCGCUUGGUCGCGAUCUGCUGGAGCGGAGAAUUGGGGCGGUAUCAGCACCAGGACAGAAACAGUGCCUCCUCAUCGACGGGUUCCCAAGGAACAAUAGCCAGGCCAACGAAUUUUAGAGGAUGCUUCAAUACCAUUUUUCUGGACUGUGAUGUUGAUGUCUUGAUCAAGCGUAUGCACAACCGAGGCGCAUCUUCGAAUCGUUUGGACGACGAUCCUGACGUGAUCAAAGGCAGGGUCGAGGCUUUCAAGCAGCAGAACUCGCCAGUUGAGCAGCACUUGCGGGAUUGCAGCCCUUUCUUCGGGAUCGAUUGCAACGGCUCUGAGGAUGAAGUAUAUGAAAAACUCAAGACUUGUUUCGAACAGAUUCGCGGCACGAAAUGA